CCACCACCACGCGCGUGCCUGCCAAGUGUCUAAUCCCCAGCAAUCACCCAAACUCGUCUUCAGCUAAUAGAACAUUUCAGCCCAGCCGAGGGAGAUUUUUCUCUAAUUAUUUGCCGAGAGCCCGAGGUCGGUCCUGGCGAUUUGGGAAUUGUUGAGGCGAGUGUCUGACAUUAAGGCCGCGGAGUUGAUGACUUGUGACCUAUACCAGAACAUUCCUGCGUGUGUGACGUUGUCUCCAUGCCGCGCGGCGCAUACAAAGUUUCUAAGGCCGAGCUGAAGGAGUUGAGCACCAUGGCAACCCCUAAACAAAUCAAGUUUGAGAGCGCCAACCAGCUGGGUGCAUGUCCUGGUGUUCUGUGUGGGGAUCCCAAAAAAUCAGCCCAGGGUAUCAUUGUUUUACAGGAAUGGUGGGGUGUGAACCAACAAAUCCAAGACUGUGGUAAAGAGCUCUGUGGUCUGGCCAAUGCCGUGACCUUGGUCCCUGACCUGUACAGAGGUAAAGUGGCGGAGGACAACGAAACCGCUGGUCACUACAUGGGUGGGCUGGACUGGAAGGGGGCAGUGGAGGACAUCAGGGCUGCAGCCAAGUAUUUGAAGGAGCAAGGUUGUAAAAAAGUGGGCGUGACUGGUUUCUGUAUGGGCGGGGCCUUGUCCAUGGCAGCUGCCGCCCUGGUGCAAGAGAUUGACGCCUCCGUCCCUUUCUAUGGCAUCCCCUCCGCGGAGCUGUGUGAUGUCACCAAAAUUAAGAUCCCUCUACAGUGUCACUUUGCUGAGAAAGAUGAUACCAAGGGUUUUGCCUCCCCUGAUGAGUAUCGCCCCCUUGAAGCCAAGCUAAAAGCCGCCAAUUUGAAAGACUUUGAGUUCUACGAGUACCCAGCCGCCCACGCCUUCACCAACACGUCAGGCCCCAACUACAACAAGGACUGCCGCGACCAGGCUUUCUCCAGGAUGAAGCAGUUUUUCCACAAACACCUGGCAUAAACUGAUUGAACAUUUUUUUUUUUAGUUUAUGUAACUUGGUUUCUAUGAAAACAAGAAUCUGUAAGGUAAAGGACACAGGGCCUUUCCCUGCACUGAUGUAAGACUAUUAUCAAGAUGGUGGUUGUUCCUUAAGACAUUCACUAGGCAGAUUUUUUUUCUGUGUUAUCUGCUGAUGAUUUCUUGUCCCAAUAGGUGGGGGCCACCCUAACAGCUGACUAGGUUUUUGUGUACAAAAUGUUUACUGUAUCUUGAUUGGUUUGUUAAUAAAAUAUCACAGAUAGUA